UCCCGCCUUUCCCUCCUCCCUUUCCCGGUGCAGCCGCUUGCUUGGGUCGCUCCGGUGCAGCCAUCAGCAUGGCGGCGGUGGAGGCCCGAGUGUGCGAGACGGCGGGCUGCAGCAGCGAGGCCAAGCUGCAAUGCCCCACCUGCAUCAAGCUGGGCAUCCACGGCUCCUACUUCUGCUCGCAGGAAUGUUUUAAGGGAAGCUGGGCUACUCACAAGUUACUGCACAAGAAAGCAAAAGAUGAAAAAGCGAAGCGGGAAGUUUCUGCCUUGACCGUAGAUGGUGAUGUUAACACAGAUCCUUGGUCUGGCUAUCGAUAUACUGGUAAACUGAGGCCUCAUUAUCCACUGAUGCCAACACGACCUGUGCCGAGUUAUAUUCAAAGGCCAGAUUAUGCUGAUCACCCCUUAGGUAUGUCUGAAUCAGAACAGACCCUUAAAGGAACUUCACAAAUAAAGAUCCUUUCCUCAGAAGAUAUAGAAGGGAUGCGAGUCGUGUGCAGGCUUGCUAGAGAAGUAUUAGAUGUUGCAGCCAUGAUGGUAAAGCCAGGUGUGACUACUGAAGAAAUAGAUCAUGCUGUACAUCUAGCGUGCAUUGCCCGAAAUUGCUAUCCUUCCCCGCUGAAUUAUUAUAAUUUCCCUAAGUCUUGCUGUACAUCGGUAAAUGAAGUGAUAUGCCAUGGAAUUCCAGACAGGCGGCCCUUGCAAGAGGAAGAUAUUGUUAAUGUGGACAUUACAGUGUAUCGUAAUGGUUAUCACGGGGAUCUCAAUGAGACAUUUUACGUUGGGGAAGUUGAUGAGGGUGCAAAGAGAUUAGUUCAGACAACCUACGAGUGCCUGAUGCAAGCCAUCGAUGCAGUAAAACCUGGUGUCCGAUAUAGAGAGUUGGGAAAUAUUAUACAGAAGCACGCUCAAGCCAAUGGAUUUUCAGUGGUUCGGAGUUACUGUGGACAUGGGAUCCAUAAACUUUUCCAUACUGCUCCCAAUGUGCCACAUUAUGCCAAAAAUAAAGCGGUUGGUGUAAUGAAGCCUGGUCACGCGUUUACAAUAGAACCAAUGAUCUGUGAAGGUGGGUGGCAAGACGAAACGUGGCCUGACGGCUGGACGGCAGUGACACGUGAUGGCAAGCGAUCUGCUCAGUUUGAACACACUCUUCUGGUCACAGAUACUGGGUGUGACGUUUUAACCCGGCGGUUAGAUAGCAUUCGUCCUCACUUCAUGACUCAGUGCUAACUGAAGCCAAGCGGCAGGGCCUGAACCGAGCGUCUCUGUACUAUGCAUUUUAGUAAAGUGCAGGCUAAAGGGGAAAUUUUUAUCACCUGUUUUCCUCUUGUUGACAGUAGGUGAGAGCAAUUCAGCCUUGCAUUUCCUGAUGCAGAUGAUUGGAAGCAGAUUGGCUUUAAGAGCAUUUAUCUGCCCUCCUGUUACCCCACAACAUUGUUUGAGCUUUUUUUAAAAAACAGCAACACAAUUUUGUUGUUCUUUAUGCUACCCCUUGUUUAUUUUCUCAGCUGGGCUUUGGCAGUUCAAUCAUUGCCAAAGUACCUGCUGGCACAUGUACUUUUUCACUCUGGGCGAAAGGUUUCGGCAAAUGGGCCUCUGCUUUUACAAACGACACCUGAGAUUUUAAAAACUGUUUCUUGUUACAAAGGCAACCCCCUUGCUUAGCUACUGCUGAAAAACACUGUUUUAAUGGGCUGGGCUUUUGUCUGCUUAGAAUUCAAAGGAGGGGUUGUGUGCUAUAAUAGAAAGUGUUAUCUGUUGCCUUGUCAAGUGUACCUGCUGAAUUUUCUUCUGCCUUUUCUGCUUCCACGCUCUGUUGUAACAAUGUGGAAGUAUCACACUCACCUGUUAAACGGAUGGGCCUGUUUCUCUUUGGCUGACAACUGCAAGAGGUGUUUCUUUGUUCAUGGAGGAGAUGAAAUUACCGAGUCUCUGCCUGGCAUAAGCUUUCACCAAAAUGCAGCCUCUCAAAACGGGUAUUACUUGACAGCCAAUGAUGCUCCAAAGGUUUGUGUUGUUGUUUUUUUAAAUGCUAACAAAAUUGAAAUAGGCAGAGUUCUUGUCCUGUAAUACGUAUUCUCUAAUAACAGGAAUGUCCCAAAGACAUUGGGCUGAUUUUGGGGUUUUCUUUUCAAACUUAAUUGACUUCUGUGUGUUUCUCUGGUCAAGUGGUUCUCUGCUGCGGAGCCCUCUUAGAUCUGUAUGGGACUGCUUGUGAUUUAAAAACAAUGUGUUUGGGACCUGGUAAAUCAGGAGUUGGAUCUGAGGCGGUGGUGGUGGGGAGCUACCCAUCCACCCCUUUUCUAUGGAUACUCUGUAGCGACCAAAAAUCACCUCACUGCAGAUUAUGGGGAGAGAGCUUCCACUGCUGGCCAUGAGAAUAACUCCGUGUGCAGUGGAUAAAUUACAGCUGCAUUGCAGAACGUGCAUCAAUGUCAUGUUGCUGCCUCCCCCCCUCCCCCAUAUUAUUUCAGGCAUUGGAGGGAAAGAGGAAAAUAGCCCAAAUAUCCACAGCAGCUAUUUCACCAAAAUAAAAUGAUUUCAGUGGUGUAUAAUGCACUUGAAAGAACCUAGAACUGGACAGUCACACCAAUCAAAGAAAAAAACAACAACCCAGGCCAGCUUCGGCAACAGUAAUGGCGGUGUAAUUUCCCCACUUUCCCACAUAAAUUUGUUGCACCGAUGUGGAUAUUAUGCUGCUGGUGUGGUCCACUGAUGGAUUAGUUUGGUUUUCUGCCAUUCCUCUUUAAUCCUAAAUUCUGUAAUGAAAGGGAUUUACUGUAUUUUUAAAGUCUUAAUACCUGCUUUAUUCUUACAGUGCCAGAGGGUGGGAAUCAGAUCAAGUCAUCAAGUCAUGGGCGUAAUAUGUAGAUUCUAGGCUCAGUGUCUGCUCUCUUAUCAGGCAGGAGGAUUGCAAGAAGCUAAGAACCCCCCAGCAUCAAUAACACUUAACUUCACUAGGGUAUGGGUUUUUGGUGUUUUUUUGCAGAAUGAGUGCAGAUGUGACUUUAACUGUACGAAACAGGUAGACCCUACAGUCUACUUCUGCCAGCACAUGUGCGGGGCGGCUGUUUUUUCACAGCUUCCCUAUUUCACUGCAGAGCAUCCACUUCACGUGCAGUACUGUUUCGGGGGGCAGGAGGGGUUGAACCCUGGAAGCAGCACUAGGUGAGGGCUUACAGCCGGAACGAGAAAAUUCCACUCUUCGAACCAGUCUCAGCUUUUUCUCCUGAGUGCCUCAGAAUUUGUUUUUCUUGAAAAUGUACCGUUGGGAUCUUUUCAUUCUAUAAUGUUGUUUUAGGAACAGUAAAGUGACGGAACUGUUACAAGCACUUGGGUGCAAGCAGAGAUUUUAACAAAACAGGCCGCAAUUCUUGAGUGGAUACGUAUGCAAUGCAUUAAGGAGAUUAAAAGACUGGAUGGUUAACCUACA